ACCACUAACCACUUCCUUUUCUCUGUGCCACCUCCACUUGUACUAAUCAAGCAGGUAGUGUAGCUCCAGUUUGACUCUUGCUGCCUGAUGGACAUGAUCAGUCUAAAUCCAGCAGUGUUCAUCUUCAUUCAGCUGAUAUGGCCGGCCUUUGCAGCUUCAGGGACUAUAACAUCUGACUACUGGAAUGUAUCGGUGUCAGAGGGAGAUUCAGUCGUGUUCAACUGCAACAUAUCUGAGAAACAUACGACACACAUCACCUGGACCAAAUGCAGAUUUAUGCUUUCAUGGGCCGUACAGCUUCAGCAAAACUUUUCAAACUUCUCUGACAGAGUUACAAUAGACCUCGUCAACAAGUCAAAGCUAAAAAUUGUUAGUGCUCAACUUGAUGAUUCAGGACUUUAUACAUGUGAGAUAACUGACAACCGAGGCAUCAACAGUAUUCCAUGGAAUUUAACUGUUUCUGAGAAAGAAACAAGUUUACUUAGUAAAGUCGUAUUCAUCCGUCCACUUGCUGCUGGAUUCCUUCUAUGUUGCAUCACAGCAGUUAUCUGUCUCUGCAGAAAAUAUGGUACCAGAACAGGAAAUCAGAAUCCAUUCCAGGACCAGUUUCAGUCUCAGACAGAAGAGGUGGUAACUUGCAACUACAAGGUGACACGAAUCAUCAGCGAACAAGAGGAGGAGAGAAUACAAGAGAGGCUGAAUUUAAUCUAUGAUCAUUCUUGAACUGAGACACAAAAGAGAGACAUCAAGAUGGAUCCAAUUAACAAAAGAAGGAUGGAAAAAGUGGGAAAUAACUUAACUGUCUUUCUUGAAUGGAUAUUUUUACUUUGCCGACAGUA